AUUUGCCACAGCGGCUGCGAUCAUCACGGUUCUCCAGCCCCGCACAUGUUUUGAUCACGAACGACAUCCACCUCGCUCUGUGACUGGCUUCAUCAAGCUCUAACAAUCCCAUCAGCUCGUCACUCUCGCGUCAUGUCACUGGCAGCGCCUCACAAAUGGGGCGCUGUGCGUGGCUUGGGCAGAGCAGCGCGAGAUGGUGCGCCGCCCUGGCCCGGAGGCGCAUCAUCGCUACGCUCAGCUCGACGAGCCCCACCGCCAUCAUCGCGAGCAUUCAGCUCCAGCAGCGGUGCUUCGUCAUCUCAAGCUUCUCAACGCGGCGCAAGUCAACUUCUCAACAGGAGAUUCUUGGGUAUCCUCAGGCACGUAGUGCUGCCUGUGCUGAAGGGCGCCUACCUACCUUUCACUGGCGCCGCAUCUUCCAGCGCUGCUGCACCCAACUGCGCACACCUCGCGCGCACACCGUUCAACCCCACUGUGCAUGGUGGUGUGGGCGCGAGAUUUUUUGGUGCUUCCGUACGCGCUCGCGUACGACCUUCGCCAACUGUCUCGGCGCUGAAACCCUCUUUGACGCACGGUCCAGGCCUUCAGACUGCGCGCAAUUUCUCUAGCGGCGGUGGCGGUGGGCGCCUGUUUGGCGAUGUCUUCACCAACGCCCCUCUGGCUUUCAGAGCCGCUGUCGACGAGUUGGACGAUGACUUGUCUCUAUUCGGGAAAGCAGCCAAAGGCAAGGGCAAGGCGCCCACGAUCAGCGCUGCCACCGCCCGCCGUGGUGCUCGUCGUUCAAGCCCUGCAGCGCGCACCAAGCAUGCGGCUCAAGCCUCGGCUCGGAUCAGUGCCAAGUACGCUGCUCGACAGAGUGCAGCUGUCCAGGACGUGUCAGCCUGCUGCUCAUGUGAUGGUGACAGCAGCAGCAGCAGCAGCAUCUGCAUGGAAAAGGACAACAUCGAGCAGACGUACAAUCAGUACUUUGCUACCGCACCACGUGUCGCCGACAAGACCGAUCAAACCUCUUGCGGCCCUUAUUGUGACACGUGUACUAUCUUGCGUCUACCUGCCGAGCCGGAUCUCGACCUUUUUCAGCUCCUUCUCGGUCCGAUGACGGAUUUGGCGAGCGAAAAAGACUCAACGCAUCCGCUCGAUCGGCGCACUUUAUCGGUCAUGCAGAGCUACUCCGAAGCGGCAGCUCAUCACCGCCUCCUCAUUUCCAGCUUGCAGCGUCUGCUCAAGCGAGAAGGUCUGGACCCGGACUGGGUCAUCUGCGCGGAUGAUGUUGCCGCGCACGGGCGAGCGUUCGAUGUCAGCUUCGAUGGAUGGCGCGCGGAAGAUGUGCGACGCAUGCUCCUUGCCGAAUUUGGGGUUCGAAGAGGUGGAGAAUUGUCGCGCUUCUUGUUCGAGCAGAAGCAUACUGCUGAUCAGCCACCAGACAAUGCGUCUCGUGCGGGCUUGGACGAUCUUCAUUCCCCACCCCGAAGCACGGAGGAUUUUGACACGAACUCGCAUCUCAGUCCGAACAGCGAGGCUAUCUCACUCUCGCCAUCACCUUCCGAUGCGCACGAUGUAGCUCAAGACGUCGCUGAAUUUGGAGUGGCAUCUCAAGUCAGCUUUCAAGAUCAUGCCGACGCGCACUCCGAUCGGUGGGACAUGCCGUCGCCGUCGAUGACGACCGAGCACGCGAUGGGCAAUGGGCUGGGACUGGACUUGGUGAUGCCUACUCUGAGUUUCGAGCGGGAGAACGGGCCUGCAUCGUUCGCCGGCUCGAUCUCGCUUUCUCGCUCAUCUGCCAGCUCCGAUCUGUCCACCGGUUGAAUGCACUCGUCUCGCCUUCCGACAUUUAGCGAUGCGCGUCUUGGAUCACUAGCGUACUCGCGCAUGGAUACCCAAGCCGCAUUGUUAAGCCUCUUGCGGUCGCGUGUGUUCGAUUUCACGCAGGCCAUUCUUCCGGCUGGGCUUUGUAGCCAAUGCUUUCAUUGGAGAUGCAAUCAUGUAUAGGCCUCGUCCCCUCACAAAUCAUGCCCUUCUGCUUCUCGAGAAGCGCUCCCACGCUCUUUUGUUCCCUCCAUGCUUUCUCUGGACGUCGACUUUGUUCUCUCUCUCUCUCUCAAUCUUACGAGCCCUUAUUGCUAUGAUUUCAUACACGUUUCAUGUAUUGCGAUUUGAACGAGUUCGCCCGAGUCGCUUUAUGUCGGGUGAUCAGUCCAAUCGGACCAAUGUAUGCUCGUCGGGUCUAAUC